AUGAAUGCCCUCAUGCUACAUGGACCAGGAAACAUUAACCACGAAAAAGUGGCCAAGCCCGAAGCGUCCCCAGGUUCAGUCGUCGUGCGCGUCCUUGCAGCUCCAAUUUGGGACUACGUGUCCGAAGUACUCGAGGGUUCGCUUCGCUUCCCUCACGCAUACCCGCUCGUUUUCGGGACCUGCUGCGUCGGACGUAUCGACCAGGUUGGGCCUGACGUUGUGGCGUUGAAGGCAGGGCAGUUGGUGUUCUGCGAUCAUAUCGUUUACUUGCGCGAUGCGCCAGAGAAGCGCAUUGUCCUGGGCUAUCACGGUGGCCAUUCAAGCGAAGAGCUCAAGUUCUCGUCAAGCCACUACAAAAAUGGCUGUUUUGCAGAGUACGCUCGUUUCCCAGCCGAGAACGUGCACAUGAUCAAUGAACAGCGCAUCGCGCAACUUGGUAUCACGCCGUCACAGAUGUGUGAGAUUUCCAGCGUCAUGUCUGCGAUCGGCGCCGCCAAUGCCAUUCACAUCCGACCAGGCGAUACGGUGCUCGUGAUGCCCGGAACGGGGUUUUUCAGCUCCAGCGCCAUCACUGCCGCUCUGGGUCUCGGCGCCGCCAAUGUUGUCGUGACGAGCCGGAGCAAAGACACCCUUGACGCCCUGGUGGCCCAUUUUGGAGAGGAUGGCAAGCGUAUCACACCGCUUGUGCUCUCAGGAGAGGCAAUGGCCGACGCCGAUGUCCUGCGCUCCGCUACACUGGAUGGGAAGGGCGCUGACGCUUACAUUGACUUCUCAUCUCCCAAGAUGGUUGAAUCUUCCCACUUUGAAGCUGGGCUACGCAGCUUGAAACGCUUUGGAAGAUGCUGCUUAGCCGGCGUGAUUCCGGGAAACUUGCCGUUGCCAUACUUGACCAUCAGGGCGAACUCCAUCUCAGUCGUUGGCUCGUUUGCGCAGAACCGGCAAGAUGUCGAGCUCACGAUUCGACUUAUCGAAGCUGGAAACCUGACGCUGCGCAAAGAUGUUGCUGGGGAAUUUGGUCUGGGGGAUCUGGACAAGGCAUUGAAGCUUGCAAAAGAGGUUCCGGGCUGGGGACAGAUGGUUGUCAUGACACCGUGA